AAAACGAUCCAAAUCUCCGAAUCUGAAUUUAGAGACUUGGGUCCUUCUCCAUCACCACUAAAGACUUGGAGUUCACGAUAACAAUAAUUUGGUAUGGGACUGCCGGUAUGUUGGUAUGACUUUGUCUGCUUUGGCAUUGUAGCUAUUUCCUUUUGCGGUGCCUUAUGGGUAAUUUGGAGAAGAGAAGGCUCGUCUUCGAGGCUCGAAGACAGCACCAUGUACGACAACCUCCUAGUGGCUCGGCCCAAUAGCGAGGUGGUGUUCGCGGGUGCAUUGCCGAGGGGUCAUAUAGGGAGUUCCCAGUUAUGGAUCAGUUGUUGGAAAGGAGUGCACCCUGGUUGGCUCUUGCUCACUCGUUUUCUCUCCUUUCUGAUCAUGGCUGGGUUCUUGGGUUGGGACGUUGUUGUGUGGGAUGCCACCAUUUUUGUCUACUAUACAGAGUGGACUUUUACAUUAGUUAUUAUCUAUUUUGCGUUAGGGAGCAUUGUAUCUGCGUAUGGAUGUUGGCUGUUAUCAAACCAACCUGCUCAAAGUGAUUUAGAAGAGAAUACAAAAGAAAUAAAGGGUGAAAUGUUGCAAUGUCACAACAAGGCUGAACAAGAGAUUCACAAAAGAGCUGGGUUUUGGGGUUAUCUAAUGCAAAUAGCUUUUCAGACUUGUGCAGGUGCUGUUAUUCUCACAGAUAUUGUGUUUUGGUGUAUCAUUCUUCCAUUUGAAUCAAAUUCACAUCUUGGACUAACUUUGUUGAUGGGUUGCAUGCAUACUUUGAAUGCAUUUUUUCUUCUACUAGACACCGCACUGAAUAGCCUACCAUUUCCUUGGUUUCGGCUGUCCUAUUUUGUCCUUUGGAGUUGUGCGUAUGUCAUUUUCCAGUGGAUCAUCCAUGCCUGUGGCUUUUCAUGGUGGCCAUAUCCUUUUCUUGAGCUCGAUACGCCAUGGGCUCCUUUGUGGUAUUUUUGCUUGGCUUUGAUUCACAUACCUUGUUAUGGGGUGUACGCACUGAUUAUAAAAGCCAAAUAUACAAUUCUGCCAAGGCUGUUUCCCCGUGCUUUUAUCAUGAGGUCCCAUUAUUAUCACUCUUCUCGUUGAGAACUAUUCAAAAAUGGGCUUUUCUUUUCUGUUUUGGUUUUGAUGCUUGGGUUGUUUAUACGAAGAAGGGUUAAAUUUAGAAAUGUGUUUCACAAGUCUAAAUACGUUUGUUUUUACAGUUGAACCAAUGCCAUUAAGAUUUAUAUUUUCA